AUGGAGAGCUCUCUUUCCACGGCGAUUACAAACACAACGUCGUCGUCGCCCAAGCGGAUAUACGCCGGUCUGCAGCAAAUCCGAUCGAUUUUCAAGAGUCUGGUUCGAGCUGCUCGACAGACGUCCAACAUUGAUCUAUGCUCCAACUUCGAGGAGUACUCGCAGUUGCAGGAGUCGUUCGAGUAUAAUGUGGCAUCUAACCUCGUGACGACAAUUGAACGCAUGCUUACCAGCGCAGACACCAUCCAGCAUCUCCCCUUUGCCAUCGAUCUCCUUCGAGGAGCUCUUUUGCUGCAUCAACCCAGUCGGCGCAUCUUUGCCACCGAAAACAACAUGGGCCUGUUCAUCAAGCUGCUUGGAACCCCCCAGGCCGUUGACGUGACGAUUCGAGCGCUGGUCGCUUGUUUGCUGCGUGAAGUGCCCAACAUCCGACUGUUUGAACACAUGGGAGGCCUGGCCACCAUCUGCACGCUGUUCAAGCGAAAGGAGACUCCCAAGGACGUGAAGCUCAAGAUCCUCGAGUUUCUCUUCUUCUACCUCAUCCCCGAGACUCAGACCAGGCAGAACGUGGACAAAUCCAAGACUCUGUACCGACAGACCAUGUCGAGAGACAAUGUGUACCGCCUGACGACCGAGGACAAGCAGAUCAUGCUAGGCAAGUAUCUCAGUAACGUCAACGGACUUGUUCGAGAGCUGCAUGAGAGCAAGCCCUUUGGCGAUAUGAUUCUUGAGUGGUGA